CUUCAUAUCCGCUUUGCAGGUCCCUGUACAUCGCUGAUGUUUCACCAUCCCUUCUGCUGCCACAAACUUUUCCACCUCGUACUCAGUCACGAGCGGCUUGUGUUGUCUCUCGCGCUGCCUGCGUAGCGCGUUGGAAGCAGUGGUAAAUGUGAUGACUAGUCUGCUGGCAUUGAUCUACCUUCCCUCUUUCUCUGGAGCCGUCAAAGAGCCGUAACCAGUCAUCUUCCACGCUGACUGAGCGAAGUGCUUGAAACAGAACCGAGACAGAGGCAAAACCCGUCCGUGGGCAAAAAUGCGAGCACUGUCCGUGGUGCUGAAUCCACUGCUGUUUCUACUGCUGCUCGGCGACUAUUACUCUUCUGUGACAGUCAAGCCUAAGGAAGGCUGGCAGGUGUACAGCUCGGCCCAGGAUGCAGAGGGGAGGUGUAUCUGUACAGUGGUGGCUCCUGAACAGAACCUCUGCUCCAGAGACGCCAAGGAGGGACAGCUCCGUCAGCUACUGGAGAAGGUCCAGAACAUGUCCCAGUCAAUCGAGGUGCUGAACCUGCGGACUCAGAGAGACUUCCAGUACAUCAUGAGGAUGGAAGGCCAGUUCAAAGAGCUAAGGUCAAAGUUCAGACAGAUAGAGACCAACAAGAAGACACAGGUCAACAGAAACUUCCAGGAGUUGAAGGGUAAGAUGGAUGCCCUACAGCCUCUGAUCCCUGUGUUGGAACAGUACAAGACAGAUGCCCAGCUCAUCUCCCGGUUUAAACAGGAGAUCAGGAACCUCUCCAUGGUGCUCACAGCCAUCCAGGAGGAGAUAGGAACCUACGACUCUGAGGAACUACAACAGAGGGUCCUGAGUCUGGAGAGCAGGCUACGCAACUGCAUGAGCAAACUCACAUGUGGUAAACUGAUGAAGAUCACUGGACCUGUGACAGUGAAGACCUCUGGUACACGGUUUGGAGCUUGGAUGACUGAUCCACAGGCCUCCCCUAGAAACAACCGGGUCUGGUACAUGGAUAGCUACACCAACAACAAGAUCGUCAAAGAGUACAAGUCCAUAGCAGACUUUGUUUCCGGGGUCGAGUCUCGAACCUACAACCUGCCGUUCAAGUGGGCCGGGACCGACCACGUGGUGUACAACGGCUCUCUGUACUACAACAAGGUCCAGAGCAACAUCGUGGUGUGUUACCGCUUCGAGACGGGGCGCGUGGUAACCCAGAGAGCCCUGGAGAACGCCGGCUUCCACAACGUCUACCCUUACACCUGGGGAGGCUUCUCCGACAUAGACCUCAUGGCCGAUGAGCUGGGUCUGUGGGCCGUCUACGCCACCAAUCAGAACGCAGGAAACAUCGUCAUCAGCCAGCUCAACCCCGACACGCUACAGGUCCUCGGAACCUGGAACACGGAAUAUUCCAAACGGAACGCGGGGGAGUCCUUUAUGAUCUGCGGAACACUCUACAUCACCAACUCUCACCUGACUGGCGCUAAGGUCUACUACGCGUACUCCACCAAGACCUCCAGCUAUGAGUACACAGACAUCCCCUUCCAUAACCAGUUCUUCCACAUGUCCAUGUUGGACUACAACGCCAGGGACCGGGCUCUGUACGGCUGGAACAAUGGACACCAGGUUCUGUUCAACGUCACGUUGUUCCAUAUCAUCAAGACAGAGGACGAUUCCUGAGGAAGAAGAACCUCUGGAACACUAAUUAACAUUCCUGGUGUUCCGGUGUUCCGUCAGUCAUUGUGGGAGUUCUGUUGUUGGGUCUCUAAAUGGUAUUUUUUGCUCUCUUCUUUUGACAAUCCAUCUUCGGAUCUAUUGGCUUCCCUUUCAAAUUUCUAAUGCAAGAAUUACUAAAGAUGUUGGCUCUGAACUGUCUCCCAAUGUCAUGACAGAGUCAUGAUAUUCUCUGGUAGUCCUACCUAGCAACCCCCAUUUUAAAUCAUCUGGCCCUCUAACGAUGACAUCAUGCCCUGACAGUCUUCCUCAUUUUCCUCUCUUUUGACACAAGCCUUUAUUUUCACUUUAUCCAUUUAUCCCUUUCCUUUCAGCUACUCUACACUGGACUCUAUGAGAGAUUGUCUGGGCUUGGUAACAUGGCUCUGUUUGGCUGGGCUGGGUAACAUGGCUCUGAUUGGCUGGGCUGGGUAACAUGGCUCUGAUUGGCUGGGCUUGGGUAACAUGGCUCUGAUUGUCUGGGCUUGGGUAACAUGGCUCUGAUUGUCUGGGCUUGGGUAAAAUGGCUCUGAUUGUCUGGGAUUAGAUAACAUGCCUCUGAUUGGCUGGGCUGGGUAACAUGCCUCUGAUUGGCUGGGCUGGGUAACAUGGCUCUGGUUGGCUGGGCUGGGUAACAUGCCUCUGAUUGGCUGGGCUGGGUAACAUGCCUCUGAUUGGCUGGGCUUAGGUAACAUGGCUCUGAUUGGCUGGGCUUGGUAACAUGGCUCUGAUUGGCUGGGCUUAGGUAACAUGGCUCUGAUUGGGUGGGCUUAGGUAACAUGCAUCUGAUUGGCUGGGCUGGGUAACAUGUGUCUGAUUGUCUGGGCUGGGUAACAUGCCUCUGAUUGGCUGGGCUGGGUAACAUGCCUCUGAUUGGCUGGGCUGGGUAACAUGCCUCUGAUUGGCUGGGCUGGGUAACAUGCCUCUGAUUGGCUGGGCUGGGUAACAUGCCUCUGAUUGACUGGGCUGGGUAACAUGCGUCUGAUUGGCUGGGCUGGGUAACAUGCCUCUGAUUGGGUGGGCUUGGGUAACAUGCGUCUAAUUGGCUGGGCUGGGUAACAUGCCUCUGAUUUGGUAACUUAGCUUUUGUAUCCAUUGCAACAGUAUCAAUAGGAGUAUGCCUUAUUCAGUGCAGUCUGUUCUGUAAAUCCAUAGGAUAACUGGUGUCCUGUCCUGCAUGAAUGUCUAUGAUAGCAUGUCUAGCUCUCCGUGGUUUGCAUCUCAAAUGGCACCCUAGGUCCCAAAGGGCUCUGGUCAAAAGUAGCACACUAUAUAGGGAGUAGGAUUUCAUUUUGGAUGCAACCUACGGCUCUCCUGAUAGCAGCGAAACUCUGUCUGUGGACUCUCUCGGCAACCAUCUCUCUUUCCCACUGUAACACAAUUAAUGAAUAUUGUCUGAUUAUACUGUAUAUGGAUGAACAGGAAAAUACACAUUUAUAUACACAAUUAGUGUUACAUUAUGGAAAUAAAAUGAUUAUUGUUUUUGAUUAAGUAUUGAUUUGCACCGAAUAUUAGUUUGUGUUGGAACUGCAGCGAUGUAGUAUCUUUAUUUUGUAACUUGAUGAAGAAUCGAUUGUAUGCGAUAACACAUUACGCUAACAGUGGUCUCUACGGGCACCAUUCAGACCUAAGAUAAGUUGACUUAAUACGGACUUAAGUCAAACAUUUGACCUUAAAGACGGAAUGCGCCGGACGAGGAAACAGCGCCACUGGCCGUCUGCUAAGAAAAACGUACAGUACAUAUUGUGUUGUUCUAUCGCACGUACAAUGGUGUCAGAGAAAUGGUGUCAGAGAAUGGUGUCAGAGGAUUGGUGUCAGAGAAAGGGUGUCAGAGGAAUUGUGUCAGAACAAUGGUGUCAUAGAAAUGGUGUCAGAGAAAUGGUGUCAGAGGAUUGGUGUCAGUAAAAUUGUGUCUGGUGAA